AUGGCUUGCGCGCGGGCUGGGCACUCUGUCCUGGAGGAGGUGAUAGCAUGUGUGCACUAUCGUUUCCUGCUGUGCUUGGAUGAAGCUGCCCUCAGCAACGUUGGAGUAUGCUGUCGAUCGUUAGCCUGCAUUGUGGCCGAAGAAGGGCUGUGGCAACGUUUGGUGAUGUGCCAAAAUCGGCUCGCCACCUCGCGGUUUCUUGGCGCGUUCAGCCCCGAAGCACGUGAAGUAGCUUCCGAUGAUGUUCGUCCGGGGGUGGCAGCUUGCCGAUUUGAGCCCGGUGCAUCGGCGACAGAGCUUGAGCUGAUCAAUUGGCGCGACAUGUGCCGACAGCUUAACAUGUCAAUGGCAGAGGCUCCAUGGGCAUACGAGUUGUGCGAGGACGGAUGUAGUGCGGCCUUGUGGACCGAGCUGACCGACGACGCUGCGAUCCCAUCCGCCCCUUCUUCAGCUGCCCAAGGGUCGAACAACGUCGUAUUAGCAUCGCAGUCUCCUCAUCUAUUUUGGAUAGGGGGCGAUCGAAUGCUGGGGAUCGCCGGCGGGUAUUCGCCCGAUGUGGUCGGUGGAGCUUCACUUCAUCCUUUGCGCGAGGUCUACCAGUUGGAUUUGCCAAAUGCUUCGGGUCAUGGCAGCCGACUAACGCGGCCUGACUUGCUCGUGCGGCGCUUGGAUUGCGGCACGGCAGGAGGAAAGCUUCCCCACGGGCAUCCCUCUAUGAACGGGGCCGCCAGUGAUUUUGAUCCACAUCGAAAGACCAUCUUCUUUUUUGGUGGGGGGGCCCCGCACUCGGAUGUCACAAACGCAACGACAGCGUUGCGUUUAGACGGCUGGGAGGGCGAGUCUCCGAGCGCCAUCUGGCAGCAGAUUACGACUCAUGGAUCUGUCGAGUCGGGCCAGGUUCCGAGUGCGCGGCAAGGUCUCAAAGGGACAGUCUUCAAUGACGAGUUCGUCAUAUUUGGGGGUCGUAUGUUGGGUGGACGAUGCACCAAUGAAGUCUGGUCGCUGGAUCUGAGUCCCGACACAGGUGCCAGCGAGUCGACAGACCUGUCAUGGAGGCCAUUGGAGUGUGAUGGGCAAAGUCCCUCUCCUCGAGUUUGGCAUGGAGCAUGCCAAUUGGUACACGGCCAAUGGUUCAUAUAUGGUGGAAGUACCUGGCAGUUCGAGGAGCCCGAUCAACCACACGACUUCCGCACCCUUUUCAUCCUACACCUGGCGGAGAGGCGCUGGUCCUCCGUACACCAUGCCCCCGGUCCUGAGCCGCCGUGGGCGGUUGCGGCCGCCCUUGUUCCGCUUGGCUGCUGCCAGCUGCUUCUGCUGGGUGGGACGUUGCCCCACAAGCUGGGCAGCCAGGGCCUCAAUGCCCACAGCUUGCGCCAAUGGCGAACAUGGUACAGCCGGUUAGACGAGCCUUUUGUCUUUGAUUUGCGGACCAAGAAGUGGAACCAACAUCAUGCAGCAGUCGCAGCCACGUCCCAAGACCUUGAGCAGCAUGUGGCGGAGGUGUACUUGCGAAGCCAUUUUCCGGCAUGCUUCAUUCCACAUCGGCGUUCCGUGAUCGCUUUCGGGGGCUCUCGCUACUUCACAGGUGAGUACUUCAACGACGUGCUGGAGCUGCAGCUUCCCUCUUGCAAGCAUGGGCCAAGAGCAGCAUUGCUUGGCGAAGGUCGUCGGCAGGAGUCACGGCAGCCCUUGUGUGCAGCAUUUCAGGCUCCAGCUGCGCUGCCUCGCCACCUGCAAGUCGCAGACGGCCGUGAGGCCAGCCUUACACGGGGCUUCCUCGGGCGCCUUCGUGGCAUGCUCCAGGAUGGCAUCAUCAACCAGGAGCAGUUCGACAUGAUGCGGACGGAAGCGCGUGACCAGCAGCGUGGCAUCCGCACCGCCAUGGCCGACAAGAAGAAGCUGACCCAGGCCGAGCUGCUGGAGCUUCUGAGCCCGCCCCCCUUCAACCAGAAGCAGGGGAAAUGCGUGCCACCGGAUGCAGUGAUCCAGACUUCCCCAGAGGAGCGUUGGUGGAGGUCAGAUUCACCACGUCUGCCCGGUGAUGAGUUCCCAGAUGUUCCUGUUCAGAAGGGGUCGAACCCCUCGCUGUCUGCGACUGCCGGGUCCAAGGGCCACGGGCUCCGCUCCGGGCCAGUAUGCUUUCAAACGACUUCGCAGACGGGCUGCGGGACUGCUGCGCAUUUCAAGAUGGAGGAAGGUGUGCCUCCGGUGAUCUCUGGCUUCAGUGGCCACUUCCCUGGCAAGCAGGGUGCCAACAUCAUUGGCGCCACUUUUGACAAGUCCUACACGGAGUCUUUGUCACACACCAUCUCGCUUGGGAAGUGA